UGCAAUUAAACGAAGUAAUCGCAGGUUCUGCCCGUAUUGAAUGCUGCAACUCAGAAUAUUCGCAACCUUCACCUGUCGAGUUUGCUGCAAUUCAAGACAAAAAUUUCGCAAUAUUCAAUUCCCAAUCUUAUCUUCUCAACCCACCACGCACAGAUCUAGAAUUUCAAAAAAUAAAAAUAUCAGAGACUUCUUCAUCAGAUCCGUUCUACACAAAUCUUCGCCGGAAUCUCCAUAGCCAUGCCUCCUUCUACACAAAUCUUAUCGCCGAUGCUUCUUCAUCUUUGAUCCGUUCCUUCGCCGGAAAGGUUUCCUGCUCCGCCGGAAAGGUUUCAUCCGCCAGAAAGGUUUCCUGCUCGCAACUCGCUCCUCCGCUUCUUCACCGCGGGUAACUACGUACCUUCCUCCUCUGCUCCACCGCCUGUAACACCGCCUUGUAACAUCGGAAAAGGAUCCAGCAAAAAAUGGUGUUCUUGUUGUACAAACAAUACGGAACAACUUAAUGGCGUCCACACUAUUAGCAACAAUAGAAGUAACUCUGAGUUCCCUGAUAAGUGCUAUUGUGAGCAGCUCAAGUAAUGAAAUCUGUACCAUACACACAACCAAAUACUUAUCAGUUCUGAUAUGCUUCCUUGUAGCAUUCUUUUGCAAUAUGCAGACCACCAGAUACUAUGCACAUAUCAGUUUCUUGCUUAAUGUACCGGAAUCAUCUGACGAAGGGAGCGAAGAGUUUAUUGAAUAUGUCUCACAACAGUUGAAUCGUGGAUGCCUAUUUUGGUCUUUGGGAUUGAGAGCCUUCUACUUUGCUUUCCCUGUUCUGCUGUGGAUCUUCGGCGCUAUUGCUAUGUUUGCUUGUAGUUGUUCCAUGGCAAUUUUGCUAUAUUUCUUGGAUACUGCUAGCUCUUCCCCAAGUUAUCUUUAUAAUGGAAACGUGGUUAAGACUAAUCGGAAUCCUGAUAUUGAAUCAAGUUUUUCGCUUGAAUCUUUGACAGGAGAGUACACUAGCAAUGUGUUGUCUGAAAAUCGUCCACCAUCAGAAUGGUUAAAGGAUACAUUAAUCGAACUUUAUCUGUCGGGCUAUCCAAAUACAGCAUCUGAAGUUGUUGAUAACCAACAGCUUCCGAAGGAAACAGAUGACGAAGAUGGUUUUAUGUUGACAACUGAUGGGUUAUGUACAAAGAGAAAUGCCAUACUCUAAUGAGGAGUUAGAAGAAACUCGAGAACAACGGGCAAAGUAUUUUAAGGACAACUAUUUGAUGGAUGUCGACGAAUGAGUUUGUUGUCUAGUAAUGUUAUGUUUUAUGUUUUUGUUAUGUGUUGGAUAUGACGUUGGAUGCUACUUGGAGCAUAUAUAUGGUUGUUGGAACAUAUAUGUAUGUUAUGUCUUAUAUACAGGUCUUUGUAACUUCCCGUUUUGUCCGGGUUUCACAAAUUACAAGGGAAACUAUAGCAAAUUUUUUGCAACCUAUUAAACUAUUUAUAAUGUUUUUAUUAUAAUUUUUUGUCAAAAUAAUAGGAUUUUCCAGGAUAAAUAUAUAAAUAUGCAUCUGAUCG